GGACUCCACCCUGUUCCCGGCAUGUGCGGAGUUAAUGAUGAUCCAGCUGUGACUGGGCGGUUCCUCGCCGGGAUCUGGGGCUUUGUCUGCAGGGUCCGGGGGUCCCAGGAAUAGGGGUCUGUGUGCAGGGUCCGGGGGUCCCAGGAGAAGGGGGUCUGUGUGCAGGGUCCGGGAUCCCAGGAGAAGGGAGUCUGUGUGCAGGGUCCGGGGUCCCAGGAGAAGGGAGUCUGUGUGCAGGGUCCGGGGUCCCAGGAGAAGGGGGUCUGUGUGCAGGGUCCGGGGUCCCAGGAGAAGGGAGUCUGUGACUGUGUGCAGGGUCCGGGGUCCCAGGAGUAGGUGGUCUAUGUGCAUGAUCCGGCUGUCCCAGGCAUAGGGUGUUUGUGCAGGGUCAGGGGGUUCCAGGCAUACUGGUAACUGUUAUUAAGGUCUGGGGGUCGUAGGAAUAGAAUCUGUGUGCAGGGUACAGGAUUCCCAGGAUUAAGGGGUCUGUGUGCAGGUUCUGGGGAUCCCAGGCAUUGGGUGUUUGUGCAGGGUCUGGGGGUCCCAGGACUUCUGUGGUAUCAGGAGCAGGGGGUCAGUGUACAGGGUCCGGGGUUCCCAGGAAUAGUUGGUCUGUGUGCAGGGUCCAGUGAUCUUUGUACAGACUCCGGUGGUCUCAGGAGCAGGGGGUCAGUGUACAGGGUCCGGGGUUCCCAGGAAUAGUAGGUCUGUGUGCAGGGUCCAGUGGUCUUUGUACAGACUUCGGUGGUCUCAGGAGCAGGGGGGUCAGUGUACAGGGUCUGGGGAUCCCAGGAAUAGUAGGUCUGUGUGCAGGGUCCAGUGGUCUUUGUACAGACUCCAGUGGUCUCAGGAGCAGGGGGUCAGUGUACAGGGUCCGGGGUUCCCAGGAAUAGUAGGUCUGUGUGCAGGGUCCAGUGGUCUUUGUACAGACUCCAGUGGUCUCAGGAGCAGGGGGUCAGUGUACAGGGUCCGGGGUUCCCAGGAAUAGUAGGUCUGUGUGCAGGGUCCAGUGGUCUUUGUACAGACUUCGGUGGUCUCAGGAGCAGGGGGUCAGUGUACAGGGUCCGGGGUUCCCAGGAAUAGUAGGUCUGUGUGCAGGGUCCAGUGGUCUUUGUACAGACUCCGGUGGUCUCAGGAGCAGGGGGUCAGUGUACAGGGUCCGGGGUUCCCAGGAAUAGUAGGUCUGUGUGCAGGGUCCAGUGGUCUUUGUACAGACUUCGGUGGUCUCAGGAGCAGGGGGUCAGUGUACAGGGUCCAGUGGUCUUUGUACAGACUUCGGUGGUCUCAGGAGCAGGGGGUCAGUGUACAGGGUACGGGGUUCCCAGGAAUAGUAGGUCUGUGUGCAGGGUCCAGUGGUCUUUGUACAGACUCCGGUAGUCUCAGGAGCAGGGGGUCAGUGUACAGGGUCUGGGGAUCCCAGGAAUAGUAGGUCUGUGUGCAGGGUCCAGUGGUCUUUGUACAGACUCCGGUGGUCUCAGGAGCAGGGGGUCAGUGUACAGAGUCUGGGGUUCCCAGGAAUAGUAAGUCUGUGUGCAGGGUCCAGUGGUCUUUGUACAGACUCCGGUGGUCUCAGGAGCAGGGGGUCAGUGUACAGAGUCCGGGGUUCCCAGGAAUAGUAAGUCUGUGUGCAGGGUCCAGUGGUCUUUGUACAGACUCCGGUGGUCUCAGGAGCAGGGGGUCAGUGUACAGGGUCCGGGGGUCCCAGGAAUAGUAGGUUUGUGUGCAGGGUCUGGGGGUCCUUGAAUUAGGGGUCUAUGUGUGCAGUUUCUGUGGGCUUUAGUCCCAUGGAUUAAUGGUUUCUGAUAGAGGCUAAUAGGAAUUAAUGGGGGGACGCUCAGAGGAAUACUUUUGCUGUGUGGAGGGCAGACGGCGGGAUACGGGGAGUGAUGUGUGGGGGUCUCGGGGCAGUGUAUAGCAUUGCUGGAGUAGGCUGUGCUGGGCCGGUAUGUGUAUGUGACAGGAAUGUCUGAGGGGCUUCAUAAUGGUGGGGUUGAUGAGGAUGGAGGAGUCCCAUUUUUUGUGAACAGGGGAGGACUCCCUGUUGACGAACCCACUUGGGAGCGGAUGUGGGGAUACGUGGCACGUACUCAUCCUGAUGGUGAAAAACUUGUCAAGUCGAUACGGACGGCUGAGGAACUGCCCCGGGUUCCAGUCCCCUCCCUGCCGGUGGUGGGCCCGGGGGUCUCAGUCCCAGAGAGAGUGGAAGCUGUACAGAGGUACAUCCGGGACCUGCAAUACAAUCACACAGGGACUCAGUUCUUUGAGAUCAAGAAGACGCGGCCCUUCACUGGACUGAUGGACCUGGCCAAAGAGAUGACCAAAGAAGCACUGCCAAUCAAAUGCCUGGAGGCGGUCAUUCUCGCCAUCUACCUGACUAACAACAUCUCCGGCCUGGAGCGUUUCCCCAUCAGCUUCAAGACUCAGUUCUCCGGAGGUUGUUUCAGGCAUAUUGUGCUGGGCUUACACUGGGGCGGACAUUUUGGGGCGGUUGGAAUAAGCCGAAGAGAAGAUCUGAUGUACAAGCCGCUCCGCUACCGCACGCUCAGCGAUCUGAUGGCGGACUUUCAGGAAGCGUACGGACGCUGCUGGCACACGCUGCGGAAAGUGAAGAUCGGCCCCUAUGUGUCACAUGACCCGCACAGUGUGGAGCAGAUCGACUGGAAGCACUCGGUUCUCGACGUGCAGGAGCUAGGCGUGGAGGCUCUGCGCAGGGAGCUGGAACGUCACAGCAGAGAGAUGCGACUCAGGAUAUCCAAGGGACCCCCUUCACCUAAAGAGCGGAAGAGGGAUAUUACCCAUUCACCCCAGCGAGGACAGUCCAGCCCUCAUCGCAGGGAGCGGCCAGACAGACGGCCGUCUGGGGAAAAACCUGCGGACCCCAACUCUCUACCUGACCUCGGCGGCUACCAGAUCCGGGUCUGAGAAGAGACCACCCACCUUAUGAACUUGCCCUUUUUCACCCCUUCAUGCUACCUGGAAUACCCCUCCCCCCACUAGUACAGUGACGCAAAGGGACCCGUGGCCAAUUCCAGAUCGGGCCAACUUGUUCCUGCAUCAAUGAAAUGUGAAACUUGAGAUGUGGGAACAAGAUGCUGUGGAGGGUGAAUGGAAUAUUGGGGAGGGGUCAGUUAAUAACCACUAUGGGGGGUAAAGGGCUACAGCUCCGUAUUAACCCUUUGCAGAUUGCCUUAUCACCAAGCCACAUGUGCCAGCCUGUCAGGACCCAGUAAUUGCUCUCAUGCCCGAUGUAUCGUGUGAAUGCACCGGCCUAGCGGAGAACCUUGUUUUCUGACCAUAUUUAUCCCAGCACUUUUACACUGAAUUCCCAAUAAACAAGUUAAGUCGG